AAUGGGAUCUCAAAAUAUCAAACUUACUUAUUAUUUUAAUAAAAUAAGUAUAUAAAAAGUGCACUUUAAAUAUCAGAGGACAAACACCUACCUAAUUACUUAUUAUCAGUUGGUUGAAGAUACAUAAAUAUAAACUGUGAUCUUUUAACCCCACGAUUACGAAAUACCUACGCAAUGAGUUCAGUACCGGCUGUGAACGCGCAAACUAAAGUCUUGUCUGAAGCAAUCGACAUGUCUAAAACAAACACAGAGUCCCAGAACAGAGUCACGAAGACUAUUGUUACCUCACCGUACAUUUACAAGCCCGUUGGACCUUACAGCCAAGCAAUUCUAGCAAACAACACGCUGUAUGUAUCGGGGGUGAUAGGUUUGGACCCUCAAGCCCAGUUAGUGUGUGGUGGCGCUGAAGCGCAAACUCGGCAAGCGUUGGACAACCUAAAGCAAGUGUUGGUAGCAGGUGGUUCUUCUCUCGAGGCUGUUGUGAAAACGACUAUCCUGCUCGACAGUAUGGACGAUUUCCAAGUCGUUAACCAAGUUUAUGCGCAGUAUUUUCCUAAAGACUGUCCGGCUCGAGCUACUUACCAGGUGGGCAAGUUGCCCCUGGGCGCCGCGGUCGAGAUCGAAGCCAUCGCUUUGAGCGGAGACCUCGUCGUCACAGAAGCGGGACCAUGCCCUUGUGCUCGUAUUUAAUAAACUAAUUAAAAUCUUA